GUUUGACUAAGGAUGUAGCUAAAUAAUCCAGUUAUUCGCUGCUCCCAUCAAUUGGUGUAAAGGAACAUACAAAAAUAUUUAAAGUGGUGCAGGCUCACAGCAUCCAAAUGCGAAAGCUUGAAAAUGAAACAGAUGUUGGUAGCCAAUUCCAUCUGUGGCCAAAUACUUUAGCUGUAUAUGUGCGGUUGUGUGUUUAGAGUUAUUUCUAAAGUUGCAUAACUUUGCAUGUACGCGAAAACAAAGCCAUAAUAAUAUAUAAAUAUGUACAUGCAGAAAUACAUACAUACAUAUGUAUAUGCAAGCUCUAAUAGUGUGCAUGUUUGUAUGUCUGCUGACUGCUGCAACUUGGUGCUGGGCGUCGCGGUUUGAUGUUGACUGUUCAGUUUGUUUACUGCUGCAGCCAUGGAAACGUGUCGCACCUGUGCUAGGUGCGAUUUCGAAAAUGGCAACAACUAUUGGCUGGAUAUGUUUCAUCCAACGCGUUGGCAGAGUGAAAUGGCGCAAAUACGCGCAGAGUUUGUCAACUGGAAGUUACAGAUCGCACCAAAUGAUGGACUGCCACAAAAAAUUUGUAGCGAUUGCUUUUCAAAGUUUUGCUCAGUUUACACGUUUCGCAUGGCAUGCCAGGACGCACAAUUAAAAUUGUCGAACAUUUUUGAUAAAAUCGACGCGAAUCUGCUGUACGAUAGAAAUGAUGAAGAAAUUAUAGAAGUUGAUGCUGAUGAUGAACCAGAAGCACAGACGAAAAUAUGUACAGUAACAGAAACCACAACAGCAACAGAAGUAGAAACAGCAACAGCAACAACAACAAUAACAAAAACAGAUAACACUGCCAUUAUUGACGCCAAAUCGUCCACGCCCAUAAAAAUCUUUGUGGAAUCAAUUAACAUUAUCGAAACCGAAUCCUUGCAACCAUCAGCUGAAGAACCCGACUUAGCUUCAGAUUAUAAUUCAUUUAGCGUAAGCUAUGCUUGUAAAUUCUGCUAUAAGCCACAAGAAAGCUAUGAACUACAGCACCAGUUACUAGAGCACAUAAGCGUUUGCCACGAUCCGGAUCAACCCUACAACUGCCCAGAAUGUACUGAAUGUUUUCAAGAUACCGCAUCGCGCACCGUCCACAUGAAGAGUGUUCAUGUGGUCAAACACUAUGUCUGUGAGGUGUGUGGUAAGAAGUAUGGAGAUCGCCACAAUCUCGACCAUCACAUUGAGAAGUAUCACUCGGAAACGGACUUCGAGUGCAGCAUGUGCGAGAAACGUUUCUUUACGCGCAAAAGCCUACGCUACCACAUGAACUGGCACAAGCCGGAGCGUCAGCUCCGAUGCCGCCACAGCGGCUGUGACCGGCUUUUCAUCAAUCAACGACACCUCAAAUGUCAUGAGGCAACUCAUUCAACGGGCUGCCGUAAGAGCGAGUAUUGCGGGUUUUGUGGUAAAGCGUUCAUACAUGUAAAAACCCUACGUUGGCAUAUCUAUCGACAGCAUGGCGGCGAGAAACCCUUCAAAUGCGCCAUCUGCACUGAGGUUUUCGCCUCCUAUGUGGACAAGCGCAUUCAUAUGCUUGAGCGGCACACGGAAAAUCUUACCCAUCAGGAGCGAAGCGAGUGUAUGUUUCAGUCCUGUCGCCAAGAGUUUGACCACGAGCAGGAGCUCAUCCAGCACAUGACCCUCGAUCAUACACAUCGCGAAGCGUCCUCUAAUCCAAUCAUUGCAAACAAUAAGCGAGUGAUCAAAUGCAAACGGGAACGACAGUAUACGGGUCUCUUCCAGUGCGGUAGCUGCUCUCAGCGUUUCAACAUGAAGUCCGCCCUGGACCGUCACAUGGCUGUCCACUCGACGGAUCGGCUGCAUGCAUGUUCGCACUGCUCCAAGCGCUAUAAGCGUGCUCAGGAUCUGAAGUGGCAUAUGAAAACCCAUGUCAAUGAAAAGCCCAAUGUGUGCGAUGUUUGCGGCAAGGCUUUUGCCUUGAAAUAUGUCCUAACUCAGCAUAUGCGCAGCCAUGAGGUUCUUGAGAAGAAUUUCAACUGUGAGACCUGUGGACGGUCGUAUCUGUUUGAAAAGUCAUUGCGCCUGCAUCAACGAGUCCAUACGGGCAAUACAUACUACAAAUGUGAUCUGUGCCAAGAGCGCUUUGUCACCCACAUCAAAUUUAAAAAUCAUAUGAAGAAGGCACAUGCUGGCAACCAGUCGCAUUCUAAGGAAACGCUGGAUGGUUUGAUCAAUAUUGUGAUUAACUAAAUUGUACCAAUGAUACGGAAUCCAAGUGGAACAGCUGAAAGAAUACUAUACAAUUAUUCCAUUAGCAAAGCAUCAACAGAUAUACUAUAAUACUCAAAGGGUGAAACCGCUUUUAAAAAGUCACGCCCAUCAAAGAAUUUUUAAAUCGUAGACCCUCCAUUUAACCCUAUCAUAAGACUAAACUUUCAUUAUAGGUAUACACAUUUCCAUAUGGAUCAUGCACAGGGUAUGGUUGUAUGAAAGCUCUAUUCUCUGUAGGCAAAUUUCAUUAUACUAAAUCUAUUUUCCUUAUAAGCCGCAUUUAAGCUCACAUAAAAAGUAUUUUGUCCAUCCAAAUCUUUGAUAUAGAAUACCUACAAACAUAUGUCUAUGUCUUUCACAUAAUGCACAAUACAUGACCAUUUCAGUGAUAGAAUAAA